UGCGGACCGGGGGCCUCUUUUGUGAAGCGGCAUCUGAGGAGACUCCGGCGCUCGCGAUGGCCAAUGAAAAGCCCAAGGAAGGAGUCAAGACUGAGAACAAUGAUCAUAUUAAUUUGAAGGUGGCGGGGCAGGAUGUUUCUGUGGUGCAGUUUAAGAAUAAGAGGCAUACACCACUUAGUAAACUAAUGAAAGCCUAUUGUGAAGGACAGGACACACCUGAACAGUUGGAAAUGGAGGAUGAAGAUACAAUUGAUGUGUUCCAGCAGCAGACAGGAGGUGUCUACUAAGAAAGGGAACCUGCUACUUUGCUCCAGAAUUUUGUUCUUAUAGACCAAGAAUACAUUCUUAAUUAGAAAACUGCAAUUUGGUUCCACCACAACCUGACUACUACAGUAUAGUUUUCUCUAUUCUUUCAUUUUCCCCUUCCCC